GUCAACAGACCUUCUCCACUACGCUCAGCACCUUCCAUCCCGGCAUCUGCCUUCAACAGUCCAAUUCAGUCCCCGUUCUAUCGUCACAAUCAGCCAUGGGAACACCUACCGUGCCCGCUAACGAGACCGCAAUCCUGCAGAGGCUUGUCACUAUCCGUGAACGGCUCACUGCGAUCAAGCAGGAUCGCUCAACAUACAUCAAGUCGAGCGAUAUCAGCUCACUCUACGAUCAACUAAUUGCCGAAGUCCGGAAAAUCAACCACAUCCGUGAGCAACCGGGCCUACGAGACGAACAGAACAGAGUCGACGUUGUGCUGGACGAUGUAUUUCAGCUCCUUUCACUUUCUCUCCUCACGAUCGGUCUCACUCGGACGGCUCCAGCAACCUAUGCUUCGCUGACUACAGUCAAGCGCCUUCUCGACCAUCUCCAUGAGAGUCGCGUGUACUCUGAAAACGAUCUGAAGCCGAUCCAGGACCGGCUGAAUGAAAUUAAAGGAAUCAUCGAGCGCGAUGACCCAACGGAGUCGUCGGAGAUAAUCCAGCUGAUCAGGGCGAAAGCCAGCGUCUGCGAGCACUCUCUGAGGGAACUGUUCGAUUCGCUUGCGGUUGUGUCUCCCGAACUCGCUCCGAUCUUACAAAAACUUGUGUCGAUCAGACGGCAGAUCGUUUCAGUCGGAUCAAUGCCCAAGCUGCACAUGUCAGAGUUGAAGAAGCUUCAGGAAGAACUGCGGAAUAUAGAAAAUCAGAGGGUGGACGGCAAUUUCCUCUCGCCUGAUGGGAACAUCCCUGAUGGCCAGAAUGUGCUCAACGGAUUACUCGAGGAGUGCCACAAUGUGCUGAAUGAUUUCUUUGCGCGGAAGGAGUUGGUUGCUGAUAGCUUGCGACCGAUUUAUGACCAGCUUGUGGAGAUGAAGAACCAGCUCGAAGGCAUGAUGCUGACCCAUCGUUGGACCCUGCGAGAGACUGAUCUGUACAACUACCAGCAGAAACUCCAGGCGAUCGAUGAUAUGAGAGUCAACGGAUCGUUUCUGGAUGAAGACGGCACCGCUCCCGAGGGCCAGGCUGUUCUGCUGUACCUUCUUCGACGAUGCUACGCUUUGAUUUACAGACUACUGGUAUCUAGCGAGCCUGUCUCAGAAGCUUUAAUGCCGAUCCAAAACCAACUGAGCACGGUCCGCAAGUGUUUGAUGGAGGUGAAACGAAUGGGAGGACUGUCGUCGACUAGGGAACUAUAUCCGUAUCAAAUGAAGCUGGCUUCGAUUGAUAACCUACGAGUUGAUGGAAAAUUCAUGAUCGGCAACGCGAUUCCAGAAGGCCAGGGUCUUCUCAAUGCGCUUCUGGCAGAGUGCUUUGAUCUGUGCCAUGAGCUGCGGGUAGAGAUGGAAGAGGAUCAGGCGGAUGACUGAUCACCCGCUCUCGAGCACUUUUCUUUCUUUGCGUUUGGUUGCGCAAGCAGGAGCAUGCAUACACUCCACUCUCAUUUGAUUAUAAUCGCCCCUUUUUGUCUCAGUCUCAGUCUCAGUUCUU